CUCCGUGCAUCGAUCGUGUAAGCUAGCUAAGCUUGGCGAAUUAAACGGAGGCGAUGCCGCGAUCUCAUCAUCUCCUCGCGGCGGCGGUGGCGGCGGUGGUUGUGGUGGUGAUGGGAUGGUCGGCGCGGCCGUGCGAGGCGUCGCUGUACCAGCCGCCGCCGCCGGCGAUGGCGUACCACGACGGCGCGGUGCUGGAGGGCGCCGUGCCGGUGUCGGUGCUCUACUACGGCGCGUUCCCGCCGCACCACAGGGCCGUCGUCGCCGACUUCCUCAUGUCGCUGUCGCCGCGGGGGCGGGACCACCAGCCGCACACGUUCGGCGCGCCGGGGCCGGCGCCGCCGCCGACGGUGGCGCGGUGGUGGGGCACCGUGGAGAGGUACGUCCGUAAGGCCGGCCGCGGCGGCGGCGCCGGGGUGGCGCGCGUGGUGCUCGCCAGCCAGGUGGACGACGAGGGGUGCUCCCUCGGGAGGCGCCUGUCGCGCGCCCAGGUCGAGCGGCUGGCGGCGCGGCUCGGCGUCGCGCCGGGCGGCGUGGCCGUCGUGCUGACCGCCGCCGACGUCGCCGUCGAGGGGUUCUGCUCCAGCGCCUGCGGCGCGCACGGCUCGUCGGCGCCCGGCGGCGGCGCUGUGCACGUGUGGGUGGGCGACGCGUCGGCGCAGUGCCCCGGCCGGUGCGCGUGGCCGUUCCACGCCGCGGACUACGGCGACGCCGACGCCGGCCGCCACCGCCGCGCGCACGGCCACGACGUGGCGCUCCGCGCGCCGAACGGCGACGCCGGGGUGGACGGCGUGGUGAUCAACCUGGCGGCGCUGAUGGCCGGCGCGGUGACGAACCCGUACGGGCGCGGCUACUUCCAGGGCGACGCGGCGGCGCCGGUGGAGGUGGCCGGAGCGUGCCCGGGGGUGUACGGCCGCGGCGCGUACCCGGGAUACCCGGGCGCCGUGAGGGUGGACGCGGCCACCGGCGCCGGGUACAACGUCGUCGGCCGGAACGGCCGGCGAUACCUCGUGCCGGCGCUCGUCGACCCGGACAACUACUCCUGCCUCAUCAUGACCUAAUCGAAAUGGGUUUUGAUUAAUUACUUUGCUUCGUCUUCAGAUGCUAAUUUCUUGUAAUUAAGCAUCGAUCCAUGGCGCAUGUAGCACCUGCUGAUCUGUUGUACACAGAGUAUAUAUAUACAUAUCCGUACAAAGAUACCUUGUAAGAUACAUGUAUAAAUGUAUGAAUGCAUGCUUACACCAAAUUACUGUAUCUUGAAUGGGGCAACUGACCAAAGUUUACUCAGAUUUCAUUAGCA